AUGGGCAACAACUGCGUCGGCCCCAGCGCCGCCGGCCGCCAGGGCUUCUUCGCCAACGUCUCCCUCUGGCGCCCCGCGAGGCCCGCCGACGCGGCUCCCCCCGCCCUCCCGCCACCCUCCUCCGCGCCGUCCGAACAGGCCCCCGAGCCCGUCACCAUCCCGCCUUCCGAGCACUCCUCCCACCACUCGUCUCGCUCCGCCGACCCGCCGACCCCCAGCGCGGGGGAGUCGCAGGCGCCACCGGCGAAGAAGCCCGCGCCCAAGGUCAAGCGCGUCCAGAGUGCCGGACUCCUCGCCGAUUCCGUCCUCAAGCGCGACGUCAACACCGCCCGCCUCAAGGAUCUAUACACGAUCGGGAAGAAGCUAGGGCAGGGCCAGUUCGGCACCACCUACCUCUGCGUCGAGAAGGCGACCGGUCGGGAGUUCGCCUGCAAGUCCAUCGCCAAGAGGAAGCUGCUCACGCAGGAGGACGUCGAGGACGUGCGCCGUGAGAUCCAGAUCAUGCACCACCUCGCGGGCCACGCCAACGUCGUGUCCAUCGUCGGCGCCUACGAGGACGCCGUCGCGGUGCAGCUCGUCAUGGAGCUCUGCGCCGGCGGGGAGUUGUUCGACAGGAUCAUCCAGAGGGGGCAUUACUCCGAGAAGGCCGCGGCGCAGCUGGCGCGGGUGAUCGUCGGCGUCAUCGAGGCGUGCCACUCUCUCGGCGUGAUGCACAGGGACCUCAAACCGGAGAAUUUCCUGUUCAUCGACCAGAAGGAGGACUCACCUCUCAAGGCCAUCGAUUUCGGCCUCUCCAUCUUCUUCAGGCCAGGCGAGACAUUUACGGACGUUGUUGGAAGCCCGUACUAUGUCGCACCUGAGGUUCUUCUAAAACACUAUGGUCGUGAGGUUGACGUCUGGAGCGCUGGUGUAAUAAUUUACAUCUUGUUGAGUGGGGUCCCUCCAUUCUGGGAUGAAAGUGAACAAGGUAUAUUUGAACAAGUUUUGAAAGGUGAUCUUGACUUUUCAUCUGAGCCCUGGCCUAAUAUAUCAGAGAGCGCAAAGGAUUUGGUGAGAAAAAUGCUUAUUCGUGAUCCAAAAAAGAGAUUGACUGCCCAUGAAGCACUAUGCCAUCCUUGGGUCUGCGUUGAUGGUGUUGCUCCUGACAAGCCUCUUGAUUCUGCUGUCCUGAGUCGGUUAAAACAAUUUUCUGCAAUGAACAAACUAAAGAAAAUGGCCCUUAGGGUUAUUGCUGAGAGUUUAUCUGAAGAAGAAAUUGCAGGGUUGAAAGAAAUGUUCAAAAUGCUAGACACUGACAACAGCGGUCAUAUUACAUUGGACGAGCUAAAAACAGGCUUACAAAGAGUUGGUGCUAAUUUGAUGGACUCAGAAAUUGAUGCUCUAAUGGAGGCAGCAGAUAUUGACAACAGCGGAACAAUUGAUUAUGGAGAAUUCAUUGCUGCAACUUUGCAUAUAAACAAAGUAGAAAAGGAGGAUAAGCUCUUUGCAGCUUUCUCAUACUUUGAUAAAGAUGGCAGCGGUUACAUUACCCAAGAUGAGCUUCAAAAGGCAUGUGAGGAGUUCGGUAUAGGUGACACCCGUAUUGAGGAUAUUAUUGGAGACAUUGAUCAGGACAAUGAUGGACGGAUCGACUACAAUGAGUUUGUUGCAAUGAUGCAGAAGGGAAAUAAUCCAAUGGGUAAGAUAGGUCAGCACAGUACCGGAAACUUUGGUCUCGGGGAAGCACUGAAACUUCGGUGAAAAGGUUCUGUCAAGUGAAGUUGCCAUUCAGAGAAUGACUAUAACCCAACAUCAGAAUAUCCUCCAAAAGCCUGUUGCAUAUAGCCUGUUGAAUAUCCUCUCAAGCAACACUAUCACAUGCCGGAGCAUCAAAUUUCCUAGGCUUCAGUCUCACCAAGUAUGGACCAUCCUUGUAGCUCAUCUUGGUUGGCAAAAGACGUCGUAGCUCGGUCUUCUCUGUAUAUGCAUUUGUAGGUAGGGAAAGCACAUGAGAGCAGGCGAGAUUCGUUUCUUUGUGCUCCUUUUCCAUCCUGAAGUCUGAAGGCCAGCGGCAGGAAGGCAUCAGUAUUCCUUGGUAGAAUUCCAGUUUGUUACAUUUGAUUCAUCUUGUUCAAUUGGUUAGCAGUUUUAGCUGUUGUCAUGCGUGUAAGAAUAGGCUUGUACUAUAGGUCUGACUAAUGAAAUGAUUUUUCUGUUCAUCUUGUUCGAUCUUAUGGUGUAUGUAAGAAGAACGGAAACAGUCAAAAUUAAUUAAUAUCGAUGAUGACGAUUGUUUCAAGUUU